GGCGAGGGGAGUGCCGAGCGCCACUGGAUGUCAGACCAGCCCGGCUAGCGGCUUGUCCAGACACUCCAUUUCUUUACCUGCAGCAUAUCCGCAGCACCAGACUACAUAGGAGGACAUUAGAUUGUCUGGCUUCGCCUCCUUUCAGCCAAAAUGUGGUUUGGUCUUGUCCUCCUGUUUCUGUGGUCAUCUGUAUCAUCGAGUCAGACAGAGGGAAACAGACACAGGCAUGGUCAUAACUCACGCCACACUGACCACCCGGGCCAGGAUGACCCCACAGAUGUGCAGCGAGCCAUGAGGCAGUGGCUCAAGAAGAGAAUGAUGAAACAUCGCGAAGACAUCAGCGAGCUUUAUCGUACACGCGUUCGUGACCCUCGCAAGAAACGGUCCAUGGGGCUUGGAGCAUCUGUCCCUGCAGAUGAAGCUAACCGCCUGUGGCUGAGAGGGGUGGUUGAGCUGACUCAGUGUCUGGAGUGUGAGGACCACAUCGUGGCUGAUCAGCACAGCACUGUGUCUGGCAUGACAGCUUUUAACUUCUCAGGGGAUGUCUACUUGGGAUUCAUCAGGAAUGGACCAUGGACCAACAGCAAUAUCUACAGAUUUGACACAGAUUUGGAGACCUUCCAUCCACAUGACUCAGUACUUACCCAUGGUGCACAGGGAGUGGCCACUGGCCUUAUCACAGACAUUUUCACAGACUCACCCCAUGUCCUGAUGGCCGUCACCAGUAAUAUCACCAACACUGUGGCAGGGUAUUAUGCACCAACAGCCACUAUUUAUAGGAAAGCCUCACCAUACACAGGAUUUGAGAGGAGACAGUCCAUUAUCAACCCUGAGGGACGGUCGGCCACCAUGUUCCUCUAUGACGGCCAUCUGUGGCUGGCAGUUGCUACUUACUCUGAUCCUAGCAAGCCUGAAGGACACCAGAAAAAGUUCCAAUAUAGGUCCAGAAUCUUCCGUUGGGAACAUGGCCAUUUUGAUGUAAUAUACAGCAUCCAGACAGAGGGAGCAAUGGACAUUGAGCACUUGGAAAUUAGUGGAGAGUCGUACCUUGCUGUGGCAAACCAUCGCACCUUUGAUACAUUCUGUACCCUGUCCUUCCUGUACAAGCUUGACAGUGAGACAGAUGAGUAUGAGUUGUACCAGAAUUUUGACACAUGUGGAGCUUCAGACUUUGAGCACUUUGAGAUGGGUGGUCAUCACUACCUUGCUGUUGCCAACCAGUUCAAGGACGUAACACUGAUGGGAUAUCAACACUCAACAUACCUCUACAGACAGUAUCAGAUUGACUCAGUCAUAUACUGGUGGGCGGGUAGCCAGUUUAUAGAAUGGCAGGUCAUUCCAACUAUUGGCAUCACCCAGUGGGAGUCCCUUCGCCUGCCCAACAAUGAAGUGGUACUCAUUGCAGCCAACAGUCAGGGUCCCAUGGUGCUGUACCAGUAUGAUGAGUCAGGACAGUUCUUACCUGUUCCCCUGGAGGUGUCCCUCCCCACCCACGUGUCAGUGGUACAGGCCAUGUCCAUCCAGCAGAGAUUCUACCUUGUUACUGUCUCCUCCAGGAAUGAUACCAGGUCCAAUGUCUUCAGGUUGGAGUUCUCUGGUCAACGAGAAGAAAGUGAGGAAGAAAAGGUUUUGGAUGAAGCAAGAGCUAUGGUGAUGAAACUGUCUGAGAAGACUAAGGAGCUACAGGGCAGGGUGAACAAACUUAGGGACCGUUUUGAUAAAAUCAUGACCAUUACAGAUCAUCAGACCGUGACAGGAAACCAUGAGUAUGAGUAUGUGGAGGUGGAACAUCUGGUGGUGCAGAACCUGAGGAUUGUUCGACCUCCAAAGCCAGAGAACUCUACAGAACAGAAUGUUACCAGCUUCUGGCCUCGGGGAUAUAAGGAGGCUGCUUUACCAGGCAGUACUAAAUCUGGUCCUGCUAAACUGGACCUGUCUGGCCUGGAGAAGCAUGUGAACAGGAAUAGGAAGAUGAUUGGAGACAUCAAGGAGAGGAUGGAAGAUGUUGUCAUGAUGACUGAUGGACCCAGCGUCAUCACAGGUACCAAGACCUUUGCUAAGGGUUUGACUGUUGGAGAGCUUAUUGUUGAAGAGGUGACGACGUCUGGACUGGUGAAUGGCAUGGAUUUUGUAGAACUGGACAGAUCAGUGGUGAAGAGGACUGGAGACCAGAAGAUCCAGGGAAAUCUGAUCAUCCAUGGUGAUGUCAACAUAGCUGGGGAUGUCGAGGUCUCUGGAACUACCAAUAAUGUCUCAAUGGAUGAUCUGGUGCUGAUCCAUGGGAACAGCAAUCUGACAGCAGAGUUCACCUUCUCUGGGUCCCCAGCAAUUGUUGUGAACGGUGACGUAGAAGUCAAAGGAGAAGUCAACGGCCUCUUGAUACCGUCAGACCUGGUUCUUGUGUAUGGAGACCAGGACAUUGCAGGCAUGAAGACGUUUGAUGCAAAUGUCACUGUGGAUGGUAAUAUGGAGAUGGGCUUGAACAGCAAAAUAGAUGGGAUAGACGUUUCAGAGUUUGCCAGCCAAGUUGUCCUCCUGAAUGAAAACCAGACCAUCAAUGGCUCACUGAUAUUUGACAACCUGACAAUUGACGGUGACCUGCUGACGGGUGGACUGGUGAAUGGAGUAGACAUUGUUGAUUUGGCUGACAAAGCUGUGUACAAGGACACUGAUCAAGUCAUCCAUGGUGUGCAAAUCUUCAAUGGGACUAAAGGCUUAUUGCUGAACAUAACUGGUGACAUGACAGUGGAAGGACAGUUGAAUGAUUAUCUUGUUCCUGACGACUACGUCACCACAUCUACUGACCAGGAGGUGACAGGAUCUUGGACAAUAACUGGAGACUUGCAUGUGAGUGGGGACGUUGAGAUGGAAGGCAGCCUGGGCUGGACUGAGGAUGGGCAUGUGACCUGGAUUGACCUUUCCCAGGAUGCAGUUCUAGUGUAUGGAGAACAGAAUAUAACAGGACACAAGACUUUCACAAACAACAUCACUGUUGUGGGGAACAUGGACAUGUCUGAAGGGGUGACCAUAGACGGUGUGGAUGUCUCUGAACUAGCAGAGAAGUCAGCCAAGAAGAAUGAAGCAACCAUCAUUGAGGACUUUGUAAUUUUCCAAAACGAUGUGAAUGCUAGUGAUGUCAUCCUGAACAGCACAUUGAAUGGUGUUGAUAUUAUUGAGUUUGCAGAGCAAGUCUUUACCAAGUCAGGCAACCAAACCAUCCUUACAAAGAUGAUGUUCAAGAACUUGACCUUGGGUGACCUUGACAUCUCCGGCCUGCUGGACGGAAAAGAGGUACCCGGGAACUUGGUUACCACAGCAACAGACCAGGUGAUCAGCGGGAGCUGGCAGGUGGACGGUGACGUGGACAUCGCAGGACACCUGGUGUUGUCAGAGGGGGUGACUGUGGGAGGGGUGAACUAUUCUGAGGUGGACCGGACCGUGGUGAAAGUCCACGGUAACCAGACCAUUGCUGGAGAAGUGCAGUUUGCUGGGAACGUCACGUUCAGUGACAUAGAAGUACAGGGACUGUUCAAUGGACUGAACAUACCAGAAGACCUGGUGUUGAAACAUGGAGACCAGAUCAUAACAGGACACAAGAUCUUCCUGGAUGAUGUGUACGUGAUGGGUGACCUGUACGCUGAAGAAGUCAGCACUACUGACAGACUUAUCAAUGACAUUGAUGUUGUGCAACUGGCCGAGAACGCUGUCAUGGUGGAGGGGGACCAGAACAUCACAGGACAGACGACCUUCCUCUCUGACAUAGAAGUACUGGGUGACCUUACUGUGGAGGGACUAGUGAAUGGGGUGGACCUGGAAGACUUGGCAGAAUCUGUGGUUACUCUCUCUACUGACCAAGUCUUGGAGGGAGACUUUCUAUUCAUGGAUGAUGUUGAGUUGCUGGGGGAGGAUGUAGAGAUAAAUAACACAGUAAACGGAGUGGACCUGGCCCAGUUUGCUGAGGAGGUGGUCCACAUGUCAGAUGAAGUCAUCAUGGGCAGCAAGACUUUCUCUGGUGAUGUGGUGAUUAUGGGUCACCUUGAGGUGGAUGAGGUGAACGAAGUCGACAUCUUAAACCUCAGCAACUCCGUCCUGUACAAGUCCAGACCACAGGUUCUCAGUGGACACAAAACCUUCAACGACAGCUUCACAUGUGACAACCUGAACAUUGUUGGGGGUGGUCUGAUAGACGGGGUGAACCUGUCACAGGCCCUCACCCUGUCAGGGAACCAUACUGUGUACGGUGACGUCACCUUCUACAACACAGUCUACAUCAACAGUAGUCUCACUGUGGACGGGCUCAUCGAUGGAGUCAACCUCACUGAAUUAAAUGCCUCAGCCGUGCGGUUGAACGCAGACCAUCAGAUUAUCAGGGGUAACAAAACCUUUCAUAACUUGACCAUAUCCGGUGAUGUAACCAUUGAUGGGUCAACAAACAACAUCGUAGACUGGGAGAAAUUCUGCAAUUCCCUGAUGACCAUCACUGCAGACCAGCAGAUACAUGGCAGGAUUGUGAUCGAGGGAGAUCUGAACAUUGCCAACCUUCAAGCUAACAUCUUUUAG